GAGACCUCAUCAAUCCCCUCGAACUGAUUUCCUGCAAAUUCUGCAACCAAAUUCUCAAAGAAUCAGCCAUGACGAUUUCAAGGAAGUGUAGAGUACUUCUGGGAUGUCUUCUGAUGGUGAUAUGUCUGCCGUCCUCUCUUGCCGGCUCCGAUGACUACGAGGAGCUGUGCCGGCUGUUUCAGAACGGCACCCAAAUCCGCAAGCCCGGCACCUGCGACCAGUACAUCCAGUGCUACGAUGGCGAGGGCACCCUGUUAACCUGUCCCACCGGCAAGUCCUUCGAUCCCAACCAGAAGCAAUGCGUGGACACGCUAGACAACAGCCACAAGUACUGCGGCAAUCGCUGCGAGGGAUUGGACGGAGAAUGGGUGGCGGAUCCCACGGAGUGCCACAAGUACUUCUACUGCAAGAGCGGCGUGCCGCUGGAGGGGAAGUGCCCGGAUGGCCAGCACUUCGAGGAGAGCUCCCAGUCCUGCCUGUACGGCGUGGACUCGCAAUGCGUGGACGUGAACAACAUCUGCGAACUGGUGGCGAAGAAAACCAAGUUCAGGAACGAGACCGACUGUUCCUACUACAACGAGUGUGAUUCAUCCGAAAAUCAUGCGGCGAAAUCGUGCUCCACCUCGAAGGCUUUACUCUAUUUCGAUGUGGAGACCGGCAGUUGUGUGCAGCCGAACAAGGUGGAGUGCUCAGCCCAUUCGAAGGUGAAUGUCUGUGGCAUUUACAAGGAGGUUACCUUCAAAUCGGACCAGGCCACCUGUCGCGGUUACUUCGUUUGCAAGGCCCUCUAUCCCGUUGCCGAUCUCGAUCCCACUUGGCAGCAGUGUCCCGAGGGAUACUUCUUCGACGAGGCUUCGCAGAGCUGCGACAAGGCCACCUCGGUGGUCUGCACCCACAAUCGGUGCGACGGACGUGGCACAAGGAUCGUGACCAGCAGCAGCAACGACUGCCACAACUACAUCCGGUGCGUGGACAACAAGGAGGUGGUGGAGGAGACCUGCCACUUCGACCACUUCUUCGACGAGACCCUCGAGGCCUGCACCUCCAAAAUCAUAUACGACAAGUGCUGCGAUGGUCGCGAAUGAGCGGGGGCUCUACCUAUAAAUUGAAGUUUAAAUGCAAAAACCAAACCAGUU